CCCCCUCCUCUUCAUACUUCUUCCACCCUUACUUCCACCCCCCACGUGACUUUCCCCCACCAACUCCACGUGCGUACCCAUCCUACCAUACACUUGCAUCUGCCGUAUGCCCCACUACUAGCACUACGUAGCUUACAAAAUCCACGAGUAAUGAAAAAAAAAGUGGGCGGGUUGUCAGUAUGUCGGUCCGACUGUGAGGUUGUUGAUCAGUGGAUUCACAUGUCGUUGGCGCCGACGGGGGGGCAGAGGAGGGGGGAGGGGUAUUUUCAGCCGCUUAGCGCGGCGAUGCUUGGAAGGGGGGGUGAUGGGAUUGUUAGAGGGAUGGAGGUGUGGAGGGGUGGUGAUGCUGGGGUGGUCUUGGGGGUCAACAGGUUUUUUCUUUUGUGGGAGUGCGGUUAUUGA